AGAGUCAUGGCAUCGACAGCGACAUCGACGGCAACCGAAGCCGAGCUCAAGGCCGAGUACACACCACUGAUGCAUGCUAUUGAGGAUGGGAAGAACGAAGAGGCGCUCAAGCUCAUUGCCGACCGUGCUGAUGUCCGGGACCAGGAGUCGGUCCGUGGCUUGUCGCCGCUCAUGCUGGCGGCAGGAAGCGGGAAUCUCGACGUGGUGAGCGCACUGCUCCUCGCCGGCGCUCCGUGGAACGCCCUGGAUCGGAAGGGCUACUGCGCUGGCGACCACGCUCUGCUCAAUGGUCACCAGGAGGUUGUCGACGUUCUGGUCAACGCAGGUGUCCAGGCUGAGCUCAUCUUCAAGGCCCUCCGCGGCAAGUCGUCGCUUCCGCCGGCCAAGUCGUCGCGCCCGGCGUCGGGCACGGAUGACGCUGCCGCGGCGGCAGCGGCGACCGAGAGUGAGGCCGAUCCGUACCUUCGCUCCGAGGUCCGGUACGAGGGCGACAACCUGAUCGACGACCGCGAGCGCGGUGUGAUGAUGGAGUGGGAGAAGCCACUCAUGAUUGCGCACGCCAAGGAGCUGUGCGCAAGCGGCGGCGACGUGCUCAAUGUCGGCUUUGGCCUCGGGCUCAUCGACACGGCCAUUGCCGAGCUGGGCCCGCGCUCGCACACCAUCAUCGAGGCCCACCCGCAGGUUUAUCAGCGGAUGCUCGAUCUUGGCUUUGACAAGAAGCCCGGCGUCCGCAUCGUGUUUGGCCGCUGGCAGGACGUCAUCUACGACAUUGGCACCUUUGAUUCUGUCUUCUUUGACACCUUUUCCGAUGUCAACGACCUCGACGAGUUCCACGACGUGCUGCCCAUCAUUCUCCGUGACGGCGGUCUCUACUCGUUCUUCAACGGCAUCACGCCCGACUCGCUCUUCUUCCAGGGCGUCGCCUGCCAGACCAUUCAGAUCUCGCUUGCCGAGCUCGGCUUCACCACCGAGUUUGAGCCAGUCGACCUCGACGUGUCGGAGGACGAGUGGCAGGGCAUUUCCAACCGCUACUUCCGCUCGUCGACGUACUACCUGCCGCGGAUCCGCAAGCCGCGCCCGGGCGCCGCGUCGGCGCAGUAACUUCCGCCGAGCUGACGCCAUGGCGUAUCAGACUCGCGACCGCAGCUCACGCUGCAGGUCGACAACCGAGUCGCAGCCGUCAAACUCGUGGCACGAGCCCGAGUCGGACGAGCCGGCCAGCGCCAGGUCCGGAUCGUGGACGGCAGCAGCGUCACUCCCGCGGCCAGUCACGGCGUGGCUCGCGGUGUACUUGCCCCACGAGUAGAUGCUGAUGCCGAGGAGGGUGAGCGCAAUGCCUGACACAAAGCGCACGGUGAGGGUGACGUCGGCAAAGAGAAGCGAGCCGAGCACAUCGGUCAGCAGCGCCUUGGCGUUGCCCACAAUCGUCGCCGUCAGCGGCGACGACUCGGUUGUCGUCACGAACAGUGAGUAGUUGAGAAGAAAGCCGAUGGCCGCCGAUCCGACCACAAUGCCCACCGUCAGCAGCAGUGAAGCACUCGAGUCCGUGGCAAACGCGGCUGCCACAUACACGUCCGGCUGUCGCCCGCCGAGCAUGUGGUGCGGCACAAGGGUCUCAAAGACGAGAAAGGCGGUGAGAGCCACAACGCACGAGCUCACGUUUGUUCGCAGCAGCUGCGCAAACGGCCGGCUCUGCCCCACGGCGCCUAGCGCCACCAGGUACCCGGCCGCGCACACCAUCGAGCACCCGGUGAGCGCGUAGCCUUCGAACGAGUACGCGGCGUCGGCCAUGCCGGCUGUCAGUGCACCGACGCAGAUUAGGACUACCGACGCCAGCGUCGCGCCCAUCGGCUCGGGCAACCGUCCAUACAACAUGUACUGCAGGAUGAGGACGACGGCAACAAGCAUUCUCCGGAUGGCUCCAAACAUCGGCAGCGAGACAUACUUGAGGGCAAGGACCGAAAACGCGUUGUUGCCCACAAACAAAACGGCGACAGCAGCAUCUUUCCAGUUCUGUUUUGGCGAGUGUCCCGAUGGCGGUGAAUAGGAUGCUAAUGCUGACGCCGAUGUGCCGGCACCAGGAGCACUCGUCCGAGCCGAGCCA